AUGGCGUCUCCCAAGCUCAACGUCGCAAUUGCUGGUCUCGGCCGCAUGGGUGCACGACAUGCACUUCACUUUCACCAGCUAACCCCAAGAGCUGAGCUGAUCGCCGUUUCAUCGCCAGACCCAAAGGAAAUUGCUUGGGCAGCUCGAAAUCUGGAAGGUGUCAGGGCUUACCUCGAUUACGACCAAAUGCUUCGGGAAGAGAAAGACCUGCAAGCGGUGGUCGUCGCAUCUGCAACAGUCGCACACGCCGAACAAGCCAUCAAAGCCAUCGACUUGGGCCUCCAUGUCCUCUGCGAGAAACCACUCAGCACCAGCCCAGAAGUGUCGCAAACAGUGGUGACAGCCUAUCGUCAUUCCAUUAAGAAACACCCGGCCCAGAAGGUGAUCUGCGGGUUUUCUCGUCGCUUCGAUGCAUCAUACCGUGACGCCUAUUCCAAAGUUAAGUCUGGCUUGAUCGGUCGACCUUCCGUGUUCCGCAGCCAAACUUGUGACAAGCUCGAUCCUUCUGGAUUUUUUGUGCAAUAUGCCCAAUUUUCUGGAGGGAUCUUUGUUGAUUGCUCCAUCCACGACAUCGACCUUGCCUUGUGGUUUUUCGGAGAAGAUUCUAUCGUCAAGUCCGUCUCCGCCGUGGGAAUCACCGCAGUUAGCCCCGAAUUACGGCAAUAUAAUGACCGUGACAAUGCUGUUGGUAUCGUCGAAUUUUACGGCGGCAAGAUCGCUCAGCUGUUCUGCUCUCGUAUGAUGGCUGCUGGACAAGAAGAUACGACCGAGGUUACAGGAACUGAGGGAAAACUCGCCAUCAACACUCAACCGCAAUCGAACCUGGUCAAUAUCUACGAUUCCACCGGAAUUCGGCGUGAGAUCCCCCCACACUAUUACGGUCGAUUCCGCGAUGCCUUCAUCACAGAAGCGAACGAGUUCACGGCUUGCUGCCUUGACAACACCGAGGUCCCUUUCAGACUCGAGGGAGCUGUCACAGCGGUCAAGGUCGGUGCUGCGCUGCAAGAAUCGCUCAUCACAGGAAAGAAGAUCGAAUUCGACGAGAUUGGUCGAAGGCUCCCAGAAAACCAGCCUCCCAAGGCCAAGCUGUGA